AUGGCUAUUAGCUGGAUGUUCUGUUACUUUUGGCUUUUGGAUGUUUUGGUGGGGCAAACGAGAGGGCACAGUUUAUUUUCUUGUGAGCCCAUCAUCUUGCGGAUGUGCCAGGAUCUGCCUUACAAUACCACCUUUAUGCCUAAUCUUCUGAAUCAUUACGACCAGCAAACAGCAGCAUUAGCAAUGGAGGAAGUCUUGGAAAAUAACCUCAGUAUGCUUAAAAAUUACAUCAUACAGCCUCAUUUGAAGUUAGGAUCAGCACCGUUUCAUCCGAUGGUGAAUUUGGAAUGCUCCAGAGAUUUUCGACCGUUUCUGUGUGCCCUCUAUGCUCCUGUGUGCAUGGAGUAUGGCCGCGUCACUCUCCCUUGUCGCAGACUUUGUCAAAGAGCAUACAGUGAGUGCUCCAAACUCAUGGAGAUGUUUGGGGUCUCUUGGCCUGAGGAUAUGGAGUGUACCCGAUUCCCAGAUUGUGAUGAACCAUAUCCUCGUCUUGUUGACCUCAAUUUAGCUGGGGAGCCCACAGAAGAGACCCCAAUGGCAGUACAGAGGGAUUAUGGUUUUUGGUGUCCUCGGGAGUUGAAAAUAGACCCCGAUCUGGGUUACUCUUUCCUGAGCGUACGGGACUGUUCCCCUCCUUGCCCAAAUAUGUACUUCCGGCGUGAAGAGCUCUCCUUUGCUCGUUACUUCAUCGGCGUCAUCUCCAUCGUCUGCCUUUCUGCUACCUUGUUUACUUUUUUAACUUUUCUGAUCGAUGUCACAAGAUUUCGCUAUCCAGAAAGACCGAUAAUAUUUUAUGCUGUCUGUUACAUGAUGGUGUCAUUAAUUUUCUUCAUUGGCUUUUUGCUUGAAGACCGAGUAGCGUGUAACGCAUCUAGCCCUGCCCAGUACAAGGCUUCCACAGUGACACAGGGCUCUCACAACAAAGCUUGCACCAUGCUUUUCAUGGUGCUCUAUUUCUUUACCAUGGCUGGCAGUGUUUGGUGGGUCAUUCUUACCAUCACGUGGUUCUUGGCAGCUGUGCCAAAAUGGGGCAGUGAAGCAAUCGAGAAGAAAGCAUUGCUCUUCCACGCCAGUGCCUGGGGCAUUCCGGGAACUCUAACCAUCAUCCUCUUAGCAAUGAAUAAAAUUGAAGGUGACAAUAUUAGCGGCGUAUGUUUUGUUGGCCUCUAUGAUGUGGAUGCAUUAAGAUACUUUGUACUUGCACCUCUCUGCCUGUAUGUUGUUGUUGGAGUUUCCCUUCUGCUAGCUGGCAUUAUCUCUCUCAAUCGGGUUCGCAUUGAAAUCCCGUUAGAAAAAGAGAACCAGGACAAACUGGUGAAGUUCAUGAUCCGGAUUGGCGUGUUCAGUGUUCUGUACCUCGUGCCACUGUUGGUUGUAAUUGGCUGCUAUUUCUAUGAGCAGGCUUAUCGAGGUGUGUGGGAGACGACGUGGAUUCAAGAACGCUGCAGAGAAUAUCACAUCCCUUGUCCCUAUCAGGUCACUCAGAUGAGUCGUCCAGAUUUGAUUCUCUUUCUCAUGAAAUAUCUCAUGGCUUUGGUCGUUGGGAUACCCUCUGUCUUCUGGGUUGGAAGCAAAAAGACCUGUUUUGAGUGGGCUAGCUUUUUCCAUGGACGCAGGAAAAAAGAAGUUGUAAAUGAGAGUCGUCAGGUGCUGCAAGAGCCGGACUUUGCUCAGUCUCUUCUGAGAGAUCCCAACACUCCCAUCAUCCGAAAGUCAAGAGGCACUUCUACCCAGGGCACCUCGACUCACGCCUCCUCUACCCAGCUGGCAAUGCUGGACGACCAAAGGAGCAAGGCAGGCAGUGUCCACAGCAAAGUCAGCAGCUACCACGGCAGCCUGCACCGAUCGCGUGAUGGCCGGUACACUCCCUGCAGCUACAGAGGCGUAGAAGAAAGACUACCUCACGGCAGCAUGUCACGACUGACUGAUCAUUCCAGGCAUAGCAGUUCUCAUCGGCUUAACGAACAGUCACGUCACAGCAGCAUCAGGGAUCUCAGCAGCAACCCAAUGACACACAUCACGCACGGGACCAGCAUGAACCGCGUUAUCGAAGAGGACGGCACCAGCGCUUGA